AUGACGUUCAAAGACGACGAUGAGAGGGCCAUCAGGGCCGUCCGCCUCUUGGCACAACUUGGUAGCAUUACUCCUGGUCACCCUGAAAACUUCGAAACUCCAGGUGUUGAAGUAACGACCGGACCGCUUGGGCAGGGAAUUGCCAACGCCGUGGGCCUCGCUAUUGCCCAAGCACACACGGCAGCAGUUUUCGACCGUCCCGACUUUAGCAUUGUCGACAAUUUCACCUACUGCUUUCUCGGAGACGGCUGCCUACAAGAAGGCGUUGCCUCUGAGGCCUCUUCCCUCGCCGGGCACUUACAACUCGGUAACCUGAUUUGUAUCUAUGAUGACAACCGGAUCACUAUUGACGGAAACAUUAACUGCUCCUUCACCGAGGAUGUCGUUAAGCGUUAUGAGCGAUACGUUUGGCACGUGAUUGUGGUUGAAGACGGAAACACAGAUCUGGCCACGAUCGAGGCUGCCAUUCAACAGUGCAAGGAGGAGACGACAAGACCUUCUAUCAUCAAGUUGAGAACCACUAUUGGCUAUGGUUCCCUUGAAGAAGGCACUCAUGGCGGUUUCAAUGCUGAUGAGGCUUUCCACGUCCCAGAAGAGGUUUACAAAGCAUAUCAAAACCGGGCAGCAGAAGGCCUGGCUGCCAAACAAACCUGGGACAGCCUCCUGGCCAAGUACGCUGACCAAUUCCCCGAACUACACGCAGACCUGCAGAGAAGGCCUACUGAUACCUUGCUGCACGGUUGGGAGGCUGCCCUCCCUUCUUUUUCUCCUUCGGAUCCGGCGGUGGCAACCCGGAAGCUUUCCGAAACUGUCUUGUCCAAGAUACAUGCGAUUGUCCCCGAAUUGAUUGGAGGCUCGUCAGACUUGACACCGUCCAACCUCACGCGGUGGGCAUCCGCAGUUGACUUCCAAGCCCCGGGCUUGGAGGACGUUCCUGGUGAUUAUUCAGGACGCUAUCUCCGUUAUGGCGUACGGGAACACGCUAUGGGCGCCAUCAUGAACGGCCUUGCAGCUUACAGGACAGUCUUGCCGUAUAGCGGCACCUUUCUCAAUUUUUGUCUCUUAUGCUGCUGGUGCUGUCCGCCUGUCUGCCUUGUCGCGUCUUCGGGUCAUCUGGGUGGCUACUCACGAUUCUAUCGCGCUGGGACAAGAUGGACCUACACAUCAGCCCAUCGAGACAUUGGUGCACUUCCGUGCGAUGCCAAACUGCUCGGUCUGGCGACCUGCCGACGGAAACGAAACAAGUGCCGCUUAUCUUGUCUCGUUGAAAUCGAUGAGUACACCUAG